AUGUCUCUGAACGAAGAUGUCCUCAUCUAUAUCGCCUCUUUCCUCACAUCUUACGAUGCGUGGCAACUAGCCCAGACGUGCCGUACUGCAUACUUGAUUGCUUUUCCUCGCUCUCUGGCUGAAAUCGACUUCCAAUCCUGGGGAUGCCAGCGCGGCGGGUGGCGCCGACGAAGCAGCCGGGACCGAUGGGGUCGUAUCGCGAAGUUCUGCAACUUCAUCAUGGCGGGCGCUGACCAACGUGCACCUUGCAUCAAGGUACUGCAUCUCAGGGGGCAGGCACUCAAAUAUUAUCCGACACCUAGCGAUGACGUCAAGUCUAUUCUUACAGAUGUCCUGCGCCACACAACCUGUGUGAGAGAACUGUAUCUUGUCGAUAUGGACCCGGUCCUGGAAGCGUAUCCCGAACUUGCGGAUACUGUGGCUGCCCUGUCAAGCGUUGAGUGUCUUCAUGUCACGAAUGCUGGCAGCUUUGUCCUGCACAUGUUAUCAAGAAUGACAUCCUCCCCCAAGCAGCUUAUUUACCACCGCGAUACGAUAUUGUUCCUGCCACGCAGGCACACUUGUUUAGAGGCGUUGCGAUCUUCAGUCCUAACGUCGCGAAUCGAGACGCUGGCACUGGUUGUCAAUGAUAACACCCUGGAUGACAUUGGUACCAAGUUCGUAUUGCCUUCCGUUCACACUCUGCAGCUGAGUGGCACAGCGGCGGUGCCGUCUAAACUGGCAUGCUGUUUCCCGAACGUUCGAUCCAUGUCAUUCUCUCUAACGGGACCAUCUCAACUUCUGGACUGGCCUGGUCUAGAUUUUGCGGGGUUUCUACCAAGCUCAUCCGAUGUCAAGAUUUGUAUGCCUAUCCGUCGCGUUGAACUUGUCGGCCACAUUGGCUCGUCUAGGACUCUGCGAUACUUCCGAAACGCGUCACCGACGGUUCUCUGCGUAGAAGAACGGGAUGUCCACAUUCGCCGCGAGGAUAUACAAUCACUGGACGAGUACUUGCCGCAGGUAAGGUUUCUAGAGCUGCGCAUCCGUGGCGCUCUGAAUAUUGUGGAUGACUUUCUACUCACAUUGCGAUCUGUACCGCUCGUCGCUUUAUGUCUACGUGUUUGCAAUAAACGUCAGACCAAGCCUGAUGAGGUACAGCUUGCUGUCCUGCGCGCCCGAGCGCGCUUCUGCAUUCCCACCCUGCAAUACGUCCAGAUUGUCGUGGUGCAUGAACCUGAGAAGCUUCGUCCGCCGUUCACUUCUUCGCGGUGGUAUAGAAUCAUCGCGCCAGUGAACGCGGACUAUGACUUUGAGCUACAAGCGCUGUCCGAUGUUGAGGGACACCUGCUCUACCAACAGCUGUUAGACUUGCAUCCCACCCCCGCCGAUGGCAGGCAGAGCCGCCCUGGGGCAACAGGCACCCCGCGUGCGCUUGCGUUCUGCGCCUACCUCUCCGCAGCCCCUCAUCUCGCAGCGCACAUCCGCGUGCUCAAACUAGACGGAACCGUCCUGUUCGAGCGCGUCCCGCUCGGCGAAGACUAUCGCGACGACUAUUCGUGCACACUACUGCUCACGGAGGCCCUGUUGCACGCGACGAACGUCCGCGAGCUCUACCUCGUCAUGAUGGACGAGCCGCUGCGGCGGCACCCCAAGCUUGCUGACGUGCUGGCGGCGAUGGACAACGUGGACGCUGUGGUCGCGAAGAACGGGCGGUGUCCUGUGUUUCAAGUGUUGGGGAGGAUGAAGGCGUCCCCGCGCGAGUUGACCAUGUGCUGCUAUCUGCAGCCGGGGUAUGCCAGCUGCGACGACAUUGACCGCUUGGAGCUGGUCAAGGCGCUCGGGGCGCAGGACGCAUGGAGGAGGCUCGAGGUGCUGCGGGUGCGGCCCUGGCUGGGGAUGCCGGAGACCAUGCAGGGGGAGAUGAUGCUGCCAAACCUGCGGGGGGAGGGGAUGUUGCCAAGUGAUGUGGUGUUUCCAAACGUGAAGACAGUCGAGCUGGCGGGUCCGAGCGUGCAGCGGGCUGACCUAUGGAGGAGCAUAUGUCCGCAAGUCGAGCAGGUGCUGGAGGUGGAUAUGCUUAAAUACGAGCAGGAUAUGUGGCCGACUUACCCGGUGACGUACCGUGUGAUCUAUUGA